AUGGCCGCGGACGACACCUCGAAGCCGACCAAUUCCCAGCGUCACGACCGCUCUGCAAGCGACAGCAGCAUCCUGUACCUCAGCAUCGCCUCGUCUCUCGUCUCUCCUGCGACUUUCUUCCGCCGCCGCCCGUUUCUCGAUCUCCGCCAGGCAGCCUCUUCCGCCCGCCCCUCAGCAGCCCGCGCCGCCAUGGACAAGCGGCACCAGCCCAGCUCGUUCCAGCAGCUCGAGAAGGUAUUCAAAGGACGGAACAGACAGACAGGCGAGAUGGUUGCGCUCAAGGAGAUACACCUGGACUCGGAAGAAGGCACCCCUUCGACCGCCAUCAGGGAGAUCUCGCUCAUGAAGGAGCUCAAGCACGAGAACAUCGUCGGCCUGCACGACGUCAUCCACACCGAGAACAAGCUGAUGCUCGUCUUCGAGUACAUGGACAAGGACCUGAAGAAGUACAUGGACGUCCGAGGAGACCGCGGCCAGCUCGACUACGUCACCAUCAAGUCCUUCAUGCACCAGCUCAUGCGCGGCAUCGCCUUCUGCCACGACAACCGAGUCCUGCACCGGGACCUCAAGCCCCAGAACCUCCUGAUCAACAACAAGGGACAGCUCAAGCUCGCUGAUUUCGGCCUCGCCAGAGCCUUUGGCAUCCCCGUCAACACCUUCUCCAACGAGGUCGUCACCCUCUGGUACCGGGCGCCGGACGUCCUCCUCGGCAGCAGGACCUACAACACCAGCAUCGACAUCUGGUCCGCCGGCUGCAUCAUGGCCGAGAUGUACACGGGACGCCCUCUGUUCCCCGGCACCACCAACGAGGACCAGCUGCAGAAGAUCUUCAGGCUGAUGGGCACCCCGUCUGAACGGUCCUGGCCCGGAAUCUCGCAGUUUCCCGAGUACAAGCCCAACUUCCACGUCUACGCCACGCAGGACCUGCGUCUGAUUCUGCCUCAGAUCGACCAGCUGGGCCUGGAUCUGCUGAGCAGGAUGCUCCAGCUACGGCCCGAGAUGCGUAUCAGUGCCGCAGAGGCCCUUCGACAUCCUUGGUUCAACGACUUGAACCAGCUGCAGGCUCAGCAGGCUCAGCAUCAGGCCCUCCACAGCCACCAGCACCAGCAACAGCACCAGCAUCCGCACCCGCAGCAAGCCCAGCAGCAGGCUCAGCAGCAGGCUCAGAUGGCAGCCGGAUACCCUGCCCCCGGCAUCGUCUCUCAAAACUACUAA